AUGGUGAAGUUUACGGGUGCUGAUAUUAGGAAGAUCAUGGACAAACCGAACAAUAUCCGGAACAUGUCCGUGAUUGCUCAUGUUGAUCACGGCAAGUCCACGCUGACUGAUUCUCUGGUGGCUGCGGCGGGUAUCAUCGCCGAGGAGGUGGCCGGAGAUGUCCGUAUGACGGAUACGAGGAAAGACGAAGCCGAGCGGGGGAUCACCAUCAAAUCAACCGGCAUCUCGCUGUUCUACGAGAUGUCCGAUGAGGAGCUUCGGGGCUACAAAGGAGAGCGCGACGGGAACGAGUUUCUCAUCAACCUUAUCGACUCGCCCGGCCACGUUGAUUUCUCGUCGGAAGUUACAGCUGCCCUUUGUAUCACCGAUGGUGCCUUGGUCGUGGUUGAUUGUAUCGAGGGCGUUUGCGUCCAAACCGAAACCGUCCUCCGACAGGCUCUUGGAGAGAGGGUCAGGCCAGUUUUAACAGUUAAUAAGAUGGACAGGUGUUUCCUUGAGCUUAAGGUUGAUGGAGAGGAAGCCUACACGAGCUUCCAGAAGGUUAUCGAAAACGCCAAUGUCAUCAUGGCUACCUAUGAAGAUCCCCUCCUUGGAGAUGUUAUGGUUCACCCUGAGAAAGGGACAGUUGCUUUCUCCGCUGGUUUGCACGGCUGGGCUUUCACACUAAGCACUUUUGUGAAAAUCUAUGCUUCCAAGUUUUGUGUGGAGGAGUCGAAGAUGAUGGGAAGGCUGUGGGGGGGAGAACUAUUUCGACACUGCCACGAAGAAGUGGACUACAAAGAAUACGGGUUCAAAAACUUGUAUGCGCGGAUUUGUACAGUAUUGUUAUGA